GAAGAAGACGGAAGAAGAAGAAGAAGACGACGGAAGUGUCGAUGGCUACUGCAAAGAAACGCGCUGCUUUGGCAAUAAGUGCAAUUUUGUGUACAGAAAGCCCUAAAAAGAAAAGGCGAGGACGUAUUUGGACAAAGACAUGGCUGAGGAAACGUGACAUCUACGGUCUGUCUGUUUUACAGAAAGAACUUGAGGUAGAUGAUAUGGCGGGAUUUCGGGAGCUUCUGCGGAUGUCGGUUGAAGACUUUUCUUAUCUCCUGGAGAGGGUGACACCACACAUAAUAAAGAAAGACACACACCUAAGAAAAGCCAUCAGCCCCAGGGACAGGCUCUCUGUGACCUUACGCUUUCUGGCAACAGGCGAGACCUUCAAGUCAUUAGGUUUUCAAUACAGGAUUGGAAGCACAACACUGAGUCGGAUAGUGAUGGAAACGUGCACAGCCCUCACUACAGUGCUGCGUGAUGUUUACUUGAAGACACCAUCAACUGACUCUGAGUGGACGGCCAUUGCCAGAGACUUUGAAGACAAAUGGCAGUUUCCACACUGCUUAGGAGCAAUAGAUGGGAAACAUGUAUUCAUUCAACCCCCUCGCAACAGUUCAGAGGUCUGA